CCCCCUGCCAGGCCUUGGUCAGUGUCGGGGACCUUCAGGCCACACUCAGAGGGACGCAUUCCGCCCCCAGCUCCUUGGACAGUGCCCUGGCCCUUGAGCCGCUCCCGAUGCCCAAUGGCUCUGCUGCAGGAGGGCCGGUGUCCCCAGGCUCCCAGUAACUGCCUGGCCCGGUGGUGGCGGCCACAUCCUCCGUGCCCCACGUGGACCCUGCCCGGGUUGGGGCAGGGCUGGUCCCAAGGUGGCCCUGUUGCCCCAUCCCCUCUUCCCCACCUAGGAGGCUGGACUCCCAGGAGGCCGGUGCCAGGGACAAAGGCCCCCUCCCCCAAUUGCACUGAGAAAAGGAACUGCGGAGUUUUGUCUCCUAGAAUAAAGAUAGAGUUGAGUAGAGAGAAAGGAGAGUGAGAGAGAGACCUAUAUUAUAUAUUAUAUAUAUAUAUAUAUAUAUAUACAUAUAUAUAUAUCUCGAGGGAGGAGAGAGUGGGCAGGCGGAGAGCCAGGAGGAAGCAGGCCAGGGCUGGGGGCGGCGUGGACCUGCACCCUCCCACUGGGGCUACUGUGGUGAGGGGUCCUGAGGCUGCCACGCCCCCUCUUCCUGCCGGACCCCCACCCUCCGGUGCAGACGCCCACACCCACACUCGGCCUUUCAGCUCAGGUCCACCUUGGGGGAGGCCCGAGUGGGGGUCGUGCCUUUGCCCACCCCCAUCGCCCCGGGCCCUGCACUUUGAUCCAGGCUGGGGCUAGAAUCCCUUCCGUCUGGCCCAGCCAGCUCUGUGGGAGCAGGGGGCCCUGUUCUCUGGGGGCCUCCCGGGGUACACCCCCAGGGCCCUGAUGCACUCACCGAGUCCCCCUCCAUCUCCACGGACCCUGGGGCGGGGGUCUGGCGGGGGUCUGGCUGGGCUCCCCCUCCUACUCCCGAGGGUCUGGGGUCCAGCCCAGCCGCCAAGUGACCUUGUCCCAGCUCCCUCUCCCCAGGCUGGGGUGCGUGUGCGUGUGUUCGUGCCGAGCUUCUGUUUCAUAUUGCAAAUAUAAACAAAUAAAGGAAGACAGUUUAAGACUCCUGCUGCUCAGACCUCGGGUUCUGACCUAUUCCCGUGCCGUGGCUCUGGGGUGGGACCCUUACAAGGAGGAGUCAGGUACCUUCUGCUCCGAGGAAGGGUUUCCUGGAGGAGGAGCUGAGCAUUUCCCAUACUCAUGCGGCACCUGGUCCUGGGAGCCGUCCCCUGUCCAGACAGGCUGCAGAAGGCGGUGAGUGGGCUUCCACACCCCAUCCCCCUUUGGCCCACCCCUGACCUGCCCUGCCGUGUGGCAGGAGCCACGUCCCCGAGCCCUCUCCCCUUGGAGCAGCCAGCUAGGCCAGACAGGUGGGUGCCCAGUGGGUCCAGUGCGAAGGUGAAGUACUGGCCGCCAUGCAGGGGAAGCUUCACUGGCGCGCCGGCCGGCUGGCACCACCGCCAGCCCCAGCUCCUGUCACCGAGCAAGUGUUUGGUGGAGGAGGGAGGCUCAGACUGUCCCUUGGAUCUGGCAGGGUGUCCUCCCCUCCCCUCCCCUGUUGCUCAUGAAAGGGCAGGCGUCGGAAUGUUGCAGAUUUUGCACCCAGGUCCCUUCUGACUGGCCUGGCGCAGGGCAGUGGGAGAGGCGUGUACAGCCAGGGCCCUCUAGGCAGGGAGGAAGCGAGACAGAGGGAGUGGGGGAGGAGGGACCCCUGGGUGCCAGUGGGCACCGUAUCAGCAGGUGCCAGGCAGGGCCGUCCCCAGGGCAGGAGCAGCAUCUCCCUGGGCCCUGUUAUCAGUCCCAGAGUCCACAGGACGCUCCUCGGGUUAACGAGUAACCACACACCAUCUCCUCCACCCCCAAGCUACCCGUACCCACUUGCAGGCCGUUCUCAGGGGUCACAGGCUGACAUGGACCCCGGGAAAGAGGGCCUGCCCCGAAAACCUCGCUUUUCAGCUCAACAGCUGCACGUGGGCAAGUGGCUGAGCCCCUUCUUCUUCACCUGCGCCGUCUACUUCCUCCUCUGGAUCCCCGACGACCAGCCGUCCUGGGUCGGCGCCCUGGUCAAGUGCCUGCCCGUCCUCUCCCUGGUGGUAUUCCUGCGGGCCGUGGACGCCGGCGGGGGCUACAGCGCGCGGCUGCAGGGGGCCCUCCUGUGCUCAGCCGUGGGGGACGCCUGCCUCGUCUGGCCCGAGGCCUUUCUCCAUGGCGUGGCCGCCUUCGCCGCGGCCCACCUGCUCUACCUCUGGGCCUUUGGCCUGACGCCCCUGCAGCCCGGCCUCCUGCUCCUGGUCAUCCUGGCCGCUCUCCCGUACUACGGCCUCCUGCUUUGGCACCUCCCGCCCGACCUGGUCCUGGCCCUGACGGCUUACUCCUUGGCCCUGGCCACCAUGCUGUGGCGUGGCCUGGCCAGGGGCGGGAGCACCGGCUGGGGCGCGCUGCUCUUCACGCUUUCGGAUACCACGCUGGCCUGGAACGCCUUUGCCCAGCCCCUGCCCCACGCCCGCCUGGUGGUCAUGACCACGUAUUAUUCCGCCCAGGUCCUCAUCUCCCUGUCGGUCUCCCAGAGCCCCAAGCUCAAGCCCAACUGACAGGGCGCUGAGGCGGGCAGGUGUUUGCCCCCUCUCCUCCUGCAAGGCCCUGGGACCCCCUGAGCAGCAAGGCCGGAGAAGCACUGUCGAGGGCGAAAGUCAGGCCCCCAGACGACUCUCUGCCGGGGCCAGUCCAUGCGGAGACAGAACCGUUUGCGGAAAUGGGAAUCCCCCGCCUUCCCACCACCUCCCCUUGGUUUUGAGUCUGGAUUCCAGGCCCACGGUGGGCCCCCUGUGGCCCCAGGGGGCUGCGGCCAGGCCUGCGCCUGCUCUCUGGCCCUGAUCUCUUUUUCUGUUGCCUCAGUAACGUGGGCGUCGGAACGUCAACAUCUCUGUUAUUUGGGGAGGGUUGUGGGAGGAGGAGGUGAUCCCAGGAACAGCAAAUGGUCCUUUUCCCCCAAAAUGUACCAUUUUCAGCACUUUGGA